AUGGCCAUUGAGUUCGAGACUUUCGAAGUCCCCGGAGCGCGGACUUACUUCGGCAACACUUUACCUUAUGGCCUCCAAGUGAAGCAGACAGGAGCUGUCACCCCUGCCGUCGAAAAUACAGCUGCGGCUCUGCGAAAGCUAGGGGAAUCCGGCAAACUUCAAGAGCUUCUGGAACGCCACGGUGCAGUUCUAGUCCGCGGGGCGGGUCACCCGUCCGCAGAUACGUUCGCCAAGCUCGUUGGCGCCGCUGAGGAAGGCCGAGGAUCUCAUCCCCAUGUGCAGAUCGGCUUGGCUGGAAAGAGAACGCCCUUGGCGGAGAACGUAUGGACUGCGAACGAAGGUUCGCCGUUGACGCGGUUUUAUCAACAUAACGAGUACUCGAGAUACACGCGCUUCCCUUCUAAUAUCCACUUUUAUUGCGUCAAAAAGGCACCAAAAGGUGGUGCAACGCCCAUCGCCAACAGCGCCAAUGUCUUCGAGAAGGUCCAAGCUGAGAUUCCCGAGCUUGUAGACCAAGUGCACAAACGUGGAUUGGGCAUGAAGAUGGUCUUUCGCGCACCUGGAAACGAAGCUAAGGUCAACUCCUUCAACUGGGCGGGGGAGCACAGCUUCGGGCAGGAGCUGGUUCCCGGCGACGACGAAGCUACGACGCGCCAAAAGGUCGAAAAGCAAGUGCGGAAAUUGACAAAUGACUUCAAUUGGCAAGAGGACGGAACUCUUGAGUUGACUCAGCAUAUCCCAGGCAUUUGGAGACUCCCAUCAAGUGGUAGACCUGUCUGGUUCAAUGGACUUGUAGGACGCCAUGGCAUUACUCGAGAUAUCGGAGCUCUUGACCCUCCUCACAUUGGCCGAGAUGGCAUGACCUACGUCCCAUGCGUAUAUGGAGACGAGACACCAAUUCCGCGACACCUUCUUGACAAGUUGAUCGAUGUCAUCGAUAAGGAAGAAAUCAGCCUGGUACUAGAAGAAGGCGAUUUGUUGCUGGUCGAUAAUUUUCAGGUAUCACAUGGAAGAGAGCCCUGGGAGGGAGACAGACAGAUCUUGGUGUCCAUGUGGGAUACCCCUAUCCCAAUCGUCGCAUAUUGA